GUGACCAUUGUUUCAUACUCUUUGAAGAGCUUGGAAAAAGCGAUAAGUGGCUACAAUGCCUCGAGGUGUUCAGGUGGAUGCAGAAACAGCGGUGGUAUAUCCCAGAUAAUGGAGUCUACUCGAAACUGAUAUCUGUAAUGGGCAAAAAGGGUCAAACCCGAAUGGCAAUGUGGUUGUUUUCCGAGAUGAAAAACAGUGGGUGUCGUCCUGACGCUUCUGUUUACAAUGCCCUCAUAACGGCUCAUCUUCAUACACGGGAUAAGGCAAAAGCUUUAGAGAAAGUUCGUGGAUACUUUGACAAAAUGAAAGGGAUGGAACGGUGUCAACCCAAUGUUGUGACUUAUAAUAUCCUGUUGAGGGCUUUUGCUCAAUCCGGUAAAGUGGACCAAGUUAAUGCUUUGUUUAAGGACAUGGAUAUGAGUCCAGUUUCUCCAGAUGUCUACACCUUCAACGGUGUUAUGGAUGCAUAUGGGAAAAACGGGAUGAUUAAGGAGAUGGAAGCUGUGCUUACUCGUAUGAGGAGUAACGAGUGUAAGCCAGAUAUCAUCACCUUUAAUGUGCUUAUUGACUCGUAUGGUAAGAAGCAAGAGUUUGAGAAGAUGGAACAGACUUUCAAGAGUUUAAUGCGGUCCAAGGAGAAGCCAACUAUGCCUACAUUCAAUUCAAUGAUUAUAAAUUAUGGGAAAGCUCGUAUGAUAGAUAAGGCGGAAUGGGUUUUCAAGAAGAUGAAUGAUAUGAACUACAUGCCAAGUUUUAUCACAUAUGAGUGCAUGAUCAUGAUGUACGGUUACUGUGGCUCUGUUUCCAGAGCUAGGGAAAUAUUUGAGGAGGUUGUUGAAUCUGAGAGGGUGUUGAAGGCGUCAACACUCAAUGCCAUGCUUGAAGUUUACUGUCGUAAUGGCCUUUACAUGGAAGCAGAUAAGCUUUUCCAUAACGCAAGUGCUUUUCGGGUUCAUCCAGAUGCAUCGACGUAUAAGUUUCUAUAUAAGGCAUACACCAAGGCAGAUAUGAAGGAGCAUGUCCAGAUAUUGAUGAAGAAAAUGGAGAAAGAUGGAAUUGUACCUAAUAAGAGGUUCUUCUUGGAAGCCCUUGAAGUUUUUGGGUCAAGACUACCUGGUUCGGAUUCUGAAAACAGGAAAUCAACUCGUUCGAGCAGGCCACGAGACAGUCCUAGGGACGUGGUGGAAAACAAUUGACUGAAUUCCAAGAUAAAGAUGUAACAAACUGAACAAACUCUUUGCUGAAUGUGAAUCUGAUUGCACUGCACCCCCAGUGAGUUAUCCAGUCCUUUCCUGAGUCAUGGUUAGUAUUCUUCUUUACUUGAUACCCAUCUCGAACUAAGAAUAUAUGUUGUUAUAGAGAUGAUGACUCUACUGUCAUAGCUAGAGUUUCAGUUCGGUUGAUUAUUAUUAAGCUUGAGACUAAUUGUCAUUUUGUCAUACGAUUUCAGAAUAAGCAUGUUUUCAGACC